GUCGCGGUCUACGACGCGUCUUGUCAACGUCUUGUCGAAGCCCGGCCAUGGACUCGCCCAACAUCUCCGAGCUCAACUUCGAGCAGAGCGGCUCGCGUCUUCUCUCAGAGUCAUCUCUUUUGCCCAGCAGCAGCUCCAGCUUAUCACGUACGGGCCCAGGAGGCGACGACCUCUCCCUGUCGGAACUAUCACUCUCGGAGCGUCCUCAGCCUGCGCCAUCACGUCGUCCAAAGUUCAGCUUGCUAGCGCAGCCGUUACCUCAGAAAGACUCUUUGCAUCAAGAUGAAAGUGCGAUCGCAGAAGAGGAUGCCGAGACAGAAGAUGCCGGGCUGGACCAUACAAUGACGCAAGAAGACGUAGAGAAGGCGAGGAAGUUGGCGGUUCGGACACGAGAGGAAAAACUCCAACACGAUCUGUUCAUUUUAAAGAAGCUCAACUCAGCCUUUGAAGUGUAUAAGGAGGCGUUGAAGGAGGCGAAGUCCAGUACCGAGCGAGUUGCUGAGCAGCUGAAGCACACGGAUGCGCUGCUAGAUAAAUAUGUGAACAUACUGUCCAAGACUGAGGAUGCCGCACGUCUCAUCAUGGACGAUCGAUGGCAAGGUGCCGAGGCGGACGAAGACUUCCUCGAACGCGAGUACCAAGAGAAACUGGAGCGGGCUCGGCGUGAGGAGGAGGAGCGUAUGCUUGCUGCAGAGCGGGAAAGAGAACGCCUUGAACGAGAAGAGCAGGAGAGAAAAGAAGCGGAAGACAGGACAAGGCUUGAGAGGGAGCGAGCCGAAGCAGCGAAGGCCGUUGGAAGGGGAAGUGGUGUACGGGGUGUCAGAGGUACGAGGGCAUCCAUGAGAGGGAUGAAAGGUGUUGCUCGUGCUGUACCCACUGCAACUGCGAGCACAAGAGGUACUCGAGGGACUACAAGUACAACCGGUCUCAGACGACCCACCACGUCUACUCGGCCAAUCGGAUCUACCACCCGUGGAGUUCCAGCUUCCAAGCGAAGCUGAAGUUGAGCCUCGAAUCGCAUGAGCGUUCCCAGUGCCCUCCGAUCUCUGAUGAUUUGAUGCCUGUCGCGGUGGUUGUCGUGCAAGUGCUCUUCGGCUUUUCUCAAGGCGAAGCAUACGCGGAUGGGGAUCACGACCCAGCCAGUGGGUUAGAGACACCCCAGCGUACGCACGCUAUGUACGCCCACGGAGUUUGCGAGACUUCCUAUGUGGCGCUCGGGUACCUGGCCUUGGUCAAGUCGCAUGAAACUGCCCAUAGGGGUCCGAUCCCUUGACCGUAACCUCACAUAUGGCUGAUAGCCUAUGCGCCUACGACGCUUAUACUGUGCUGGGCCCGGAACUACAGGCCUAUCUCGAUGUGCUAGGCACCUCCGUUGGGAUUAGUGGGUAA